AUGGCCUCUCUUACGGACUUCAUUGACUUCUCUUCCAAGCCUCUGCUUUGGUCUGCUGCGACGAUCGCUUUUAACCCGAUCUUCUGGAAUAUUGUUGCGCGCGCAGAGUACCGUAGCCACAUCCUAACCCGCAUCUUCGGAGGCGCCUACAAUGGCUGCUACGCACUUGCAUUCACGAUCUUUUCUCUCGGAAUCUUCCGUGACCAUGUCUACCAGCUCGCCCUGGCAGACCAGCCCUUCUACGCCCCGGUGCAUCAGCCCAUCAUUGGAGGGAUCUUGUUCGCUGUCGGUUCUGUCUUGGUUCUCUCCAGCAUGUGGGCCCUCGGUGUGACCGGAACAUACCUUGGUGACUACUUCGGUAUCCUCAUGGACGCUCCUGUCACCGGUUUUCCCUUCAACGUGACUGGCUCGCCUAUGUACUGGGGCAGCACUCUCAACUUCCUCGGUGUUGCUUUGUACCACGGCAAGGUUGCCGGCAUUCUCCUGACUGCCCAGGUCUUUGUCCUCUACUGGUUUGCUCUCCGCUGGGAAGAUCCCUUCACUGCUGAGAUCUACGCCAAGCGUGAGCGCCAGCGCGCUAAGAAGCAAUAA